ACUUUCACAAUGGAUAAAAAUCACCGUUGAGUAAUAAAUGGAGAAAUAUGUUGUUUUUCUAUACAAAAUUUAAAAACAGUAAUUGUGAAUUGUGAAGGGAUUGCAUGUUUUGGGUCCAACUUCAGAAGAAAAAUGCAGUCAACCUCUUUUCUACAGAUACUUCUUGCAUUUGCGUUGAUAGUGCAUGAAACAAAAUCUUGGAGAGUGGUUCUGAAGGUAGGGAAUGGGAAGACUAUUUCACCCGCCACUAGUAUCGAGAAUCUCUGGCUAUCUAACGUCACUGUCAAUGAUGACCGAAGCACAUACGUCUACACACGUGACACAGUUGUGAGUAGGUAUGAACCUACUUACAAAUCUCACUUCAUCAACAGCUGGUAUGGGAUCAAGCAGGUUAAGAUUGCUAUGUAUAAAGAUGGCAAAGAGGGGAUGUUCCUUAUCUUCAAUACAACUGGACACAACCGCGGAAACUUCUUCAAAGUAUCCAACAUCAUCAAAAGUUCAUUCACAGAUUUAACAGAGUCUACCAACUAUAAUAUGUCAAUAUCUGGACACCGGAAUCGUAGUUUUGAAAUCGUAUCAGCUGAUGGCGGUUAUUGUACCAAUACCACUGGAUGGACGGCAGCCAUGAACAAUGUUGGAAUGAGCAGCUGUUUCACCAAGGAAUCCGCCCCUUACUUCCUGUUUGCAAAGAAAACUAAAACUAUGUUUAAUAAUAUGACCGUUGCAGAUGCAUUCGCAGUUUUUGUGGGUGACUGCAUUGAUCAGCCCUGUAACUACGGAGGGGUGUGUAUAGAACAUCUGGAGGAUUUUACCUGCCAAUGCCCAUCACAGUAUUACGGCAAAACGUGUGAUAUUGACUGUCCAUGUGCAUAUGGAACAUGUCACGAAGUAACCGAAGAUGACGUCACACCCUCUGGUAUUAUCAUCAACGGGACGUUUAUAAAUAACUCCAGCUUUACCCUGGACAAUGGACGUGUUCGGUUGGCAUGCCAGUGUGUACGGGGUUAUGAAGGUGUUAACUGCGAUAAAAACGUUGAUGACUGUAUCGGUAAUCCUUGCCAAAAUGGAGGAGUGUGUGUGGACAAAUUGAAUGGUUACACGUGUGACUGCCCACUGACGGCACACGGUCCCACUUGUCAGUACAUAAAUCCGGAGCAGGACAGUACUAUGAAGACUGGCGGGGUAGUCGCCGUUGCCGUCACGGUGCCCUUGGUACUGAUCCUGCUUGGCGCCAUGAUUGGUUACGGUGUAUACAUUUACAAAAACCCUGAGGGAUUCGGGCGAUCUACCACAUAUAAGCAGUUUGCCAUGGCCAGAGAUUUUGUACGACGAAGUUUCCGACGAAUGUCGGGACGUAGACCGAAACCUCCAAGAAUUCUCCGGGAGAAUUCCAAUGGUCAGGAGGGAUCUGGUAAGAAGGAUGAAAAAUCCGGCUUCGAUAAUCUAGGGUUUAAUGAACCUACUGGAACUGGUGGCUCCGUCCCUGUUUAUCGCAGAGAAAAUUCGGAGAUGUACGAGCUAUCAGCAAACGAUCAGUCAGUGGUCACAGGACCUAAUGCGUCAUAUGAAAAGUUAAAUAUUAACAAGGGACGAUCGGAAAACCAAUACCAACAAUUAAACCAGGCCAAAGAAAUAGGUGGUCGUGAACGUCCCCGUCAGACGGGUCGGCAGGGUAGGGAAAAAUAUGAUGACUUACCGCCAAAAUACGACGAAAUAAAAGAUCAAUCAAGAUACGAGUCCUCCAAUACUGGAUUUAUGGAAAGAAGUCCCCAAAUACAACAGCAAAAUAUUCCGCCACCUAGUAAGCCUAAAUACCAACCGCGAAAUAUGGAAAAUACGAAUUCAAAUAAUGUCACAAUUAACCAGAACCGAUCACAGCAGCUAAACACACCUGGACGACACGAAGCCUAUGAACCGCGUAGCCAACGCUUAGGCAGCAACAACUCGGCCAAUAAAAACAUUCCCUACGAUAGGUUUAGGAGUGGUCAAUCCUCUUCCGCGCAAUAUGAACAAAGGCAGGAACAAAGUGCCCAUAUAAAUGAGGGAAACCGGGACUCGUAUGAUGGAUACAGAGGCGAUGUUUCUCCGUCCUCAGCUUAUGGACAGAAACAUGGACAAAAAGUCUACGGCAGUUCACAAGUUGUUGACAACCAAACGACAGAAGACAUUCCGUAUGACAGAUAUCCGAAUGAUCGCUCCCCCUCGUCACCUCAUGGACGGCAAGAAUAUAGCGCAAAAGGCCCUCACUUUGGCAAUGUCAAUAAGGCAGUUGAUAAUACUCCAUACGAUAGAUACAAAGAUGGCAUUUCUCCCACAUCUCCCUACGGACAGAACCAACGAUUCCGAGACUGGGGAGGUCAUGAUCCACAGGACCGGUAUAAUGACGCCCCCUCUCCAGGUUACAGAGGGGUGAAUCAUAAUGCACACGAUACUUCCGGAGUCAGUAGUCCCGAACAGGUUGUGUUUGUUUCCAAAGACCACAUGAAAGAGGUCUCAAUUUAAGGAGAUAAAGUGCAUGUUGCAUUUAAGAAGAUGAGAUAUAUUCAGAUACUCAGAUACUUUUUCUGAAAAAGUCCAAUUAGUUAUACAACUCUUGCCCAAGAAUGAUUUCAAAAGGCUCAAUGACCUGAAAUCCUGAUUGAACCUGGUACAUAGUACGUAUGGUAGCUUCUAUACCUAUGUAUAGGAGUAAUGAUAUGAAAUGUGAUCAAGAUGGGUUAUGAUUUUUUAUAUACAGUGUACAUGUAUUUUCUCGUCUAUGCAAUUGUAAAUUUAGUUUGCGAAUUAAUUCAUAUGUAGUUAGUGAUCUCAUUUUUGCAAACCAGUAAGAUUUCUGAAUUCCAUAAUGAAAAAUAAUAUUCCUGUAAAUAAACUCGUAUUCCUUAAAACACUUUUUCCAAGGUGCCACAUACUAGUACAUGUAUAUGAUCAUGUAGUAAAGGAAAUCGCCACAAUUGUCUUUUAAACACGUUAUCCAGAUUAAUCAAAAUUUGAAUUAACUUGAUGAAAAUUAAAUGCAAUAUUUACAACAUUUGGCCAGUGAAUUCAACAUUUGCACUCUAAUAUUAGAUCUAAUUUCAAACCUUGUUAAAUUGCAGUUACCACAAUAAAUUUUGUAAUGAAAUUUUAUAUAAAAUUGAUGCUUAAAACGGUUGUACAACACAUACUGAUAUAUAUCUCGUCUGUACAAAGACUGAAUAAAACAACACAGCUUUACAGUACUUUAUGAAUUCACUGUUUUGAUACUUGUACGAGGUCGUUCAACACGACGGUCACUGGCAGUAACCUUUGCUCCCCUCCAACUGUUCCACCCUCACUGUUAUGGUGUUAAAGGAGAAUUUCCAUCGUAAAUGUAUGUGUUGCAAUCUUAGUAUUUUUAUACUUUAGCAAUGAAUGUUGAAAUCCA